UUAUUUUGUUUUUGAUGUUCGACGACAGAGUGUUUCAAUUUUUUUUAUACGGUUCGUCUUUUUUAUAGCGUGAUUUUAUGGAUAAUUAUUUUGGUUGAUUGUCUUAGUUCUUAGUUAAUUUGUAUGAUUUUAAUCCUUUAUAUUAAUUGUUUAAAUAUUGAUGAUGUUAAAAAAUCUUUUGUUCGUUUUAAAAGAUCAAUUUGAGUCCCAUUCAUAUUGUGUCUACAAAGGGCAGAGAAAAGAAAUGUUUUUCCUCUUUCUUUUUUUGUUAUUUUGACUUCUUUGUUAUAGUUUAGGUCGCUCUUGUAAUAAUUCUGGAUGCUGGCGGACAUAAACGCGACGAUUUGGUGCCUUCCCAUUCAUAUUGUGUCUUUCUCGAUGAAGAAUUCCUUUGUUAGCAUGAUUUGUUUUCAUAAUUCGUUUCUUGAUUUGGCCUUCUGUUUCUGAUCCAAAACAUCAGGAAUUGGGGAAAUAAUUUCCCUUGUGAAAUUCUGGAUUCGUGCGGAAAACAACGCUGCGAUUUUGUGCAAUUUUCGCGGCAUUUGAGGGUUUCCAAAUUUUGUCUCAGCCUUCGAAUCGCGCGUGAUUUACUUGGUUUUUGUUGCCUCUUUCUCGACCAAGAAUUCCUUUGAUAUCAAUCAUUGAUUGGAUAUGUUCUCAAGUUGCUUGUCAAAAAACAUUAGGUUUGCAGGAGCAUUCGAGGAGUUUCUGGUAGCGAAGACGCCGGAAGGAGAUGGGCGAUCAUUUGGUGUUGCAUACGGAUCGGCUAAUGACAAGGAAGACAAGGCACGGGAGGGUUCGUCGCCUUCUGCUGGCCUGCCCAUGGCUGUCAACCAACCUUUCCUACUACUUCGGCUGUCAGCUCUGCUGAUGAGAAAGCAGGAGAGGAAGACAAGGAGGUUGGUGAAGAAGAGCCUCUAAUUCAGAUGGUUGAAUGCCAAAUAUGGCAAGGCGAUGAUCACGUAAAAACUAAGAUUCCCCUUUCACUUGCAGUGGCAGCUUGAAGUAUGCUCGUAGGGCAUGUGUGCAACAUUGGUGCGGCAAGAAGUGCGAUAUAACCUGUGAGAUCUGCCAUGAGAAGACAGCAAUGUCAGAUGGAUGAUUAGAGGUUUUCUUAUGAAUUUUGAUGACUCUGAGAGACUAGCAUUGGCAGCAGUACAGAGUCACUGAAUUGAAGCUGUAUAUGGCGAUUAUCCUACGAAUGCUAGUGGUGCCGUUUCUUUCUGCUCUGCCGCUCUAAUGGUAAUAAUUCAUUUGUUGUCGAGGGAUUCAUUUACCACUACUCAUGCUAAUGGGGAUUAUGAUAAUGCUUCCACAUACUUUUGUGAAAAUUCAAACCCAUACUUUUUCUUUAAGCUCUAUCUUGUUCUAGACACAAUAACCUUUUAGCUGAUUUAUUUUGCAAAAUUUUCUUUCUCGGGCUCCUGGAUUUCUGUUCCUAUGUAACAUCAUGGGUUGGGCCAUAAGUGUUCUGCGACGGCUAAAGCGAAGGCAGGCCGGAGAGACCUACGGACGGCGCUCGUACCCUCUCAACGUCUUCGCGUCCAAGUCAAAUCGUGUUGUUUGCGCGAGAGCGAACUUGAGAGACACGCUAUAUAAUAGUUCGCCUCGAUCCGUUUCUUCAACCCGACCUGUUUGGCAUCGUCGUCGUCGGAGGUGAAGAAUCGCCGCAGAUGCUAUGUAAUUUUGUGCCAGUGUGAUGGGCCGCACUUUGCUGCCCAAACAUGUAGCCGCCGUGAUCAAGCACCAAAAGGACCCACUUCGGGCUCUCGAGAUGUUCAAUUCGGCGGCGAGUGACGAUGGCUUCAAGCACACCCUCUUCACCUACAAGUGCAUGGCGGACAAGCUCGGAUCCCAUGGAGAGUUCAAGGCCAUGGAGGAUGUAAUCUCAGAGAUGAGAAUGAACCUCGACAACUCCUCGCUCGAAGGGGUAUAUGUGGGCGCCAUGAGGAGCUACGGGCGACGAGGGAAGGUCCAGGCCGCGGUGGAUACGUUCGAGAGGAUGGAUUUCUAUGGAUGUGAGCCGACUGUUAUAUCUUACAAUGCUAUCAUGAACGUUUUGGUCGAGUUCGGGCACUACGAUCAAGCGCAUAAAGUGUACCUCAGAAUGCUCCACAAAGGAAUUGUUCCCGACAUUUACACCUUCACGAUCAGGAUCAAGUCGUUCUGUCGAACUCGACGACCGCACGCAGCCCUCAGGCUUCUGAGGAAUCUGCCGCAGAGAGGGUGCGACGCCAAUGCGGUUUCGUAUUGCACCAUCAUCCGUGGUCUCUACGAGGAGGACUGUCGAUGUGAGGCCUACAAUCUGUUUGAAGAAAUGCUAAGUAGAAAACUAUGCCCUGAUAUAGUUACAUUUAACAAGCUUAUAGAUGUCCUCUGUCAUAAAGGGAAUGUUCUAGAAAGCUACAAGCUUGUUGCCAAGGUUAUGAAGAGGGGCAUUUCUCUAAACCUGUUCACUUACAAUAUACUAAUCCAAGGUCUGUGUAAGGAUAGUAAGUUGUCUGAGGCUGUUUCGUUGUUAGAGGAAAUGGGUGAGGGUCUGACUCCGGAUGUGAUCACCUAUAACACACUUAUCUCUGGUUUAUGCAAAAGUUCCAAUGUUGUCGAAGCUGAACAAUAUCUGCAUAAGAUGGCAAAUCGAGGUUGCCUGCCGGAUGAUUUUACAUAUAAUACAAUCAUUGAUGGAUAUUGCAAAAUGGGUCGCAUGCAAGAUGCUUGUAAACUUCUAAAAGAUGCACUUUUCAAGGGGUUUGUGCCAGACCGCGUGACUUAUUGCUCUCUAAUCAAUGGGCUCUGCGAGGAAGGUGACAUCAACAGGGCAUUCGAGGUGUUUGAUGAAGCUCAGGGUAAGCGGCUAAAACCUGACAUUAUUAUCUACAAUUCACUAAUAAAGGGGCUGUCUCGGCAAGGCCUUAUACUGCAGGCUUUGGAAGUCAUGGGUGAGAUGUUCGAAAAUGGUUGUAGCCCUGAUAUUUGGACAUAUAACAUCAUCAUAAACGGAUUAUGCAAGAUGGGAAAUGUUUCUGAUGCAACUGUUGUUCUGAAUGAUGCUAUAGCCAAACGAUACCUUCCUGAUGUUUUUACCUUCAAUACAUUGAUCGAUGGCUACUGCAAGCGACUGAAGGUGGAUAAAGCUUUGGAAAUAGUUGACAGGAUGUGGACUCAUGGUAUUAUGCCAGAUGCUAUCACGUACAAUUCCAUACUGAAUGGCCUCUGCAAAGCUGGAAAAACAUCUGAUGUCAUUGAAACUUUUACAGAGAUGGUUAAGAAAGGAUGUCAUCCAAACAUUAUCACAUACAACAUACUCAUAGAAAAUCUGUGCAAUGCCAAUAGAGUAAAAGAAGCUUCUGAUUUGCUUAUGAAGAUGACAAAUGAAGGAUUGACUCCAGAUACCAUUAGUUUUAACACAUUGAUACAUGGAUUCUGCAGGAACAGUGAUCUUGAUGGAGCCUAUGAUCUGUUCAGAAAAUUGAAACAAGAUAAGUUCUUUCCAACAAUUGAUACAUAUAACAUUAUGAUCUGUGCAUUUUCUGAGAAGCUGAACAUUCAUAUGGCUGAGAAGAUUUAUAAUGAGAUGAUCGACAAAGGCUGCUUGCCUGACACAUACACUUACAGUGUCCUAGUCAAUGGAUUUUGUAGGACUGGAAAUACUGACCGUGCUUAUGAAUUUCUGAUAGUCAUGAUCAACAAAGGUUUCAUUCCAACAAUGGGAACAUUUGGACGGGUAAUAAACUGUCUUUCUGUAACCCACAGAGUUCAUGAAGCUGUUGGCCUCAUUCACAUAAUGGUGAGGAGUGGUGUUGUCCCAGAAGUAGUGCAUACCAUAUUCAGUGUUGAUAAAAGGGAAAUAGCAGCUCCUAAGAUUCUUGUGGAGGAGUUGAUGAAAAAAGGUCAUAUAACUUAUUAUGCUUAUGAACUGCUUUAUGAUGCAAUAAGAGAUAAAAAGUUAUUGAGAAAGCAACGCCAAAUGAAAUUUCGUGAGGAUAUUGUACUUAAUCAAGCUCUUAAUUAGGACAUCUCAAAGAGCUAAUUUAAGUGGGAGCUUGCUGUCUUGAAGAUGAAAAUAUCCAAUAUUCUAAGGCCUGUCAAAAAAGACACCAAUCAGUUCACAACCAUACUUCAACUAUGGCAAUACCAUCAAAAGAAUCGAGAAGCCAGUGCAAAUUAUAUAAUACUAAUGCUACUCGGUUAGCAGCUGAUCAAUCUGAUUAUUUGUGGACAAUUGAGAGGGAGCACCAAAACUUUUUGAUCCAAAUAUCUCAGGCUCAUGGAUUGUUCUACUGUGAUUCUCAGGUUUUAUUUCUGUUUGUCUUAGCGGGAAACCUCUGGCUGUUUGUAAUUCAUGCUCAUGGAUCAUCAUAAAUCGAAGUGCUUGCUUCUCGAAACACUUAAACUGACAGCAGUGAUGGUGAUGGUAUGACAGCAAUUCCAGAAUAAUAAUGGAAGAAAUUGUGGUUAUAAAUGCUUGGCAGCUAAGUUAUUCUAUAAUUCAACGUGUUCUAUUCAUAUGAUAUGUGAAGUUUUCAAUGGCUCACUGAUUUGGCUGUGAUUAUGCUGCAGAUCAUACGCAAUAGGUACUGCAGUAUGGGGAUUGUUAAGGGUCUUUGAGAGAGCUGAUUCUUCAACUAGAGAUCAAUACGAGUGCUUAAUUUGCUACACAAAGAUUCCCAUCCAUGAUGUACUGUGAUCCAUUUCAAGUCAGUUUCAUAAAGUUUGACUUCCUUCUUUGGAUGCUGGUCACGAUGGUUGGACUGAUCAGGAAGCCGACCAAAAGUAGAACUAAAUUCUACUGGCUUUGAUACUCUUCUUUGGAUGCUGGCCACAAUGGUUCGACUGAUCCGGGGAGCUGACCAAAAGUAGAACUAAAUUCUACUUGCUUCGAAUAUCAAAUGACUACAAGGACCCUCCUCCUCUGGAUCGAAGGGCGACGACCGCUCAGAAUCUACAUUAAUGCUGACAUAAAUGCAAAAGGGGAAGGGUCGGGUUUGGGAUCCGCUCGACGAGUCAACAGCGAGGCAACAACCAUCUUCGUUGUAAACGUCGUGGCAAUCACACCAUUUGCAUUGACGCCGACACAAUUGUCGAGCGAUAAUUACGUUGACGUUGACAUAAAUGCAGAGCAACGCGAGGCAGGCAACGAUAAGGUCGACAAUGUGCUUCUCGUGUAGGCGAGUUACAUCGCAGUGAAAGUGAAUCUUAUCAUCA